AUGGCUCCGGCAAGCGUGUCGGAGACGGCCCCUCUCCUGGCUGCCGAGAACCAGUUUCGGGCACGCAACCAGCGCCGCUCAACUUCCACAGAGCCCGCUCUCGCCCCGUACACCGGCUACGGCACCGCCGACUGGCUCCGCGCGCUCGUCCAGAGCAGCCACGCCGAGACCGGCGCCGCGUCCCGCUGGUGGACCCCGGCAGCUCAAGGUUGGCUCGCCGCGUGCCUCGUCGGCGGCCUCACGGCCCUCGUCGCCUUCAUCGUCGACGUCGGCGUCGAGACGCUGUCCGACUGGAAGACGGGUCGCUGCACCGCCACGGGCGGCUUCUGGCUGAGCAGGCGCGCGUGUUGCGUGCUCGACGAUGACGACGACGGCGGCGGCGGCGGCGGCGGCGGCGGCGGUGCGUGUCGGCACUGGCGGCCGUGGGCGGACAGCUUCUCCGGCGCGUACCUGAUCUACGUCGCGACGGCCGUGGCCUUUGGCGUCGUGGCGUCGGCGCUGUCCAUGACGACCCGGCACGAGCUGGUGGUGGACGCGCCGGACGCGGAGCAAGGCGACCGGAUCGCACCGGAGGAGCAGAAGCGCACCGUGGUGGUCAAGACCAUGUACAUGGCGACGGGUAGCGGCAUCCCUGAGAUCAAAUCGGUGCUCUCGGGCUUCGACAUCCCUCACCUGCUAAGCCUCAAAGUCAUGGUCGUCAAGUCGGUCGGCGCCAUCUUCGCCGUCGCCACGGCCAUGUGCCUCGGCAAGGAAGGUCCCUUUGUGCACAUCUCGGCCUGCAUCGGGCACCUGGUCUCGCGCUGGCUGCCUGCCCCGGACCGCGGCGGCGCUGAGAACGCGAUGCGCGCGCGCGAGGCCCUCAGCGUCGCCUGCUCCGCCGGCCUCUCCGUCGCCUUCGGCGCGCCCAUCGGCGGCGUCCUCUUCAGCUACGAGGAGAUCAGUACCUACUUCCCGCGGCGCGUACUGUGGCGCGCCUUUUUGUGCUCACUGGUCGCCGCGGCCGCGCUGCGCGAGCUCAACCCCGCCGGCACGGGCAAGCUGGUGCUCUUCGAGACCAGCUACGGCGUCAACUACGACGCCGCGCACUACGCCGUCUUCGCGCUGCUGGGUGUCUGCGGCGGCGUCUUUGGCGGCGUCUUCUGCGCGGCCAACGCGCUCUGGUCGCGCACGUUUCGCCAGCUGCCGCUGAUCCGGCGCAGCAGCCCGGUGCUCGAGGUCGGCCUCGUCGCGCUGGCCACGGCGCUGCUGCAGUACCCGAACCCGCUGAUCCGCGAGACGGGCGACAAGGUCAUGGAGCGGUUGCUCGUGGACUGCAACAGCGUGGAGGAGGACUGGAUCUGCGCCGCUGAGGCGCGCACGCACGGCAGGGGAAUAUACUACGCCUGGCUGGUGUCGGGAACGCUCGUCAAGCUGGUUCUAACGAUCAUCACGUUCGGCUGCAAGGUUCCGUCGGGCGUCAUCAUCCCCGCUCUCGACGCGGGCGCCUUAUUCGGGCGCAUGGUCGGGCAGCUCGUGCCGUCGUCGUCGCCGGGCGUCUUCGCCAUGGUCGGGUCGGCCGCGUUCCUCGCGGGCGUGUGCCGCAUGACGGUCAGCCUGGCCGUCAUCAUGUUCGAGCUGACGGGCGAGGUCGGCUACGUCCCGCCGUUCAUGGUGGCCAUCCUCACGGCCAAAUGGGUCGCCGACGUCAUCAGCCCCGACGGCGUCUACGACGUCGCGCAGAGCCUCGUCGGCCACCCAUGCCUGGACGCGGAGCGCGCCCUAGAGACGCUGCGGCGGCGCACCCGCACGCACCCGCCGCUGCUGGUCGAGGCGCUGCUGACCACGCCGCCGGACGGGGAGGGAGACGACGCGCUGACGCUGCGGGUCACGCCGGAGCGCCAGGCGAGCGCGUCGCACCUACGCGGCAAGCUGGCGCAGGCUGCUGCCCGGAACGUACUGGAGCCGGGGUUCGCCAUGGUCAACGACAGGGGCACCUGUUGCGGCCACGUCUGGGGAGGCGACCUGCGCACCAUCGUGGCCGCCGCCGACAAGGACGCGACGGCGGAGCGGGGCGGUGUCGUAGACCUCUCUGCGGGGGAGCUUUCCGAGCUGGUCGACGGGAGCCCGGUGUGCGUGUCGGCCAAGGCGCCCAUCGAGCACGCCGUGGAGAUGUUUGGCAAGCUAGGAGUGGCCUACGUCGCGGUCGUGGCAGACGGUUCUUCGCAGUUUGUCGGCAUGGUGACGAGGAAAGACUUGCUGCGGUUCCUGGACUCGCUGGAGUAG